AUUCAUUAUUGAAAUCCACAAGUUCAGAAGGAAAAGCUAAUUGAUAAAAGAUGGAUCCACCAGACCAAGUCAAUUGUCACCUCCAUGGCAACAUACUCAAUACCUUACAACGAACUGUCAACAACACAUCUGAGCAAGUCCUAUACCUACAAAACCAAGUGAAAGCCUAUUUCCCUUCAGCAAAGCCAUCAGCUGAAACCAUAAUGUCUAAUCCAUUUGGAUUUGAUCUAAAGGAACCAUUACAACAACAAGUAGCUGCCUCUCUGCUUAAACUUGGUCGACAUAAUCAUGAAACAUGUAUUCCCUCACUUGUAACUUCACUCCAGAACAUUGGGUGGAAGGUCCGCAUGCAGAACUGGUCAGUUUCAACUAUCCAAAGCCAGCUGACAAUAGCAACAUCUUUAUCUCACUGUAUAUCAACCAGCAGCUCAUCAUUUACCGUACCAACAACUAUUUCACAAUCUGCUACGCCCUCGAGCACCUCUCACGUGACCGGAAUUUAUGUUUCCUCUAGUACACCUGUGAUGUCAGGGCCUAUCAAUUGUCCCUAUUCAUCAGACGUUACCACAAGUUGUUCCUGCUGUCAAGACUGUAUAGAUGCUCUUAAAUUAACCAAUAUGUUAAUUAACAACAAACUUGCCAAACUGAAUGAGAUUUGUACUACAAUACUUAACAUGCUGAAUACAUCUAUUGUACAGAAGAGCAAACUGAUUCAACAUCUAGGUUACCAAUGUGACAACCAGAUCAGUAUCGAAAGACAGGUUUCUCAACUGAUGACAUCCGGGUUAGAUGGUAUUUAUGCUUGCUCUUCCGUUCAUUCCACUCAACAACAUACCCAACCGCCACCAACCAAUAGGACGUCGACACCAUUGAUACCUGCAUUCAAUUUGCCUUCAUUUACUUCAUCCAUUAACCCACACCAUGACUUGACGAAAACAAGGGAUUCGUCCAACAAAUUACCAAUACAAAGGAAUUGCACAAACGCUCAACCGGCAUUCAGUAGAGAAAAGACCACAAUAAUACCUUCAAAUAGAUACACACCAGAUAAGCCGCCAAAACUGUCACUACAACUUCCUGUUCAGAUUACUAUAGAUACUCCAGCAUCAACCUCACUGUCACCUCCAGUUCUAUCUCCACAGCUACCUAUUCUGUUUACUCCAGAUACUCCUGUAUCUAUCUCAGGAUCACCUCCAGUGCUCACUCCACAAGUUUUUACAAAGUCUAGUGAUCUUCGAGAUGCCACACCACCAACUUGUAACUACUCUAAGUCACUCAAGUCUACUCUUGAAGAGCACAUGGAUCGCAUCCCAAAAAAUGAAAUUUCCAACGCCUACAGCAUCCUACAAGAUUCUACACAAUUUCAACUUGCUGCAGCAUCAAUGUCACCAGUUAUCAGCAGAAAACGUCUAUUUAAAGAAGUCGAUAGUGACGAUAUAGAACAAAUCAAGGUUACAAAGCGUACACAGUCAUCAACCGAAGAACCAGUUCACAGUCUUACUGAUUACCCGUCCUUACUAGCUGGUAUGAUAGUAGGACACAGCUCGUUCAAGGUGACAGACGAUUGGCCAAGUAACAAAAGUCGUCAGAAUAUGGUAAACCUGUGGAACAUCAAACCAUUUUAUCUAAAGAGAAGACUGAACCUGUACACGUUGCAUAUGUAUUCCCUCUACUGCGGCACAGAGAAACCAGCAUACGAUGUUACUUCAAAAAAGGUUUGGCAAGAAGUUUUGUCAGAAGUUUCACAAAAUAACAGCUCACCUACAUUUUUCGCACGUGAUUUAGUUUGGCGUGUUCUUACUUUAAGAGAUGUUUACCAGCUUCACCAUAGACAAUAUAGUUUCAGAGAAGUAAUGUCAGCUGUUAAAAGAGCUACAAUUGAUAAGUUCAAUAUAACCGGCGAUUUCUGGGAUACUUCUUGCAUUGAUUUCAUUAACAAUUCCAACAACUACUUCUUCAAGAACAAACUUCGUUCUAAAGUGUUUCAGAUGUUUUUACGCGGGAAUCUUCCUGACGCCUAACUUAGUCAGGACAACACCGUCAGAACAACAGCUGCCGAAAGGUUUAAUCGUUCGGCAGUGCGUUUGAACGUCCAUUUAAAAAAGUCAAAACAUUGUACCAAGUACUUAGUAUUUUUGUAGAAAUACCUUCGGAAGAACAUUUGAAUGUCUUAUUUUGAUAAUCUUAUUAUAACAUUGUAUCGAGUGCUUAUUAUUUUUGUCAUGACGUCGUCAUUUAAGUUACAAAAGAACUUUUGUAAACCAUGAGCUGUAUUAUGUGAUAAAUGCUUUUCUUGAGUGAAAACAAAUUAUGUUGUAUGUUUUUAUACUUGUUAAAAAGUUAUGUUUUUUUACUUGUCAACACAUUAAGGUAUUUCUUGCUUGCUGUGAUAUACGUUGAAUGUAGCUUUAAUUGAAGAAUAAGAUUAUAGAAUACCAUUUGGUGCAAAUUAGCAAUUGUUAACUAUUCAAAGUGUUUAAUUGAUAAAUUAUUUUUUUUUAUAAAGUGGAUAUUAACAGAUUUAAAAUAUACACAUGCAAAUCGACUAACUAGUAGGUGAUUUUUUUUCGGUGAGGUAAAUUAUAACCUUUCAGUUGUUAUCCUUUUGAUAUAAAGAAAUGGUAAAAGAAUGUAAAUAUUUUCAUGAAACCUAGUGUGCUGAAUGUAUAUUUUCAAAUCAUAAAUAAUUUAUUGUCUGUGCUUGUUAUAAAUUUUAUGUGUUGUAUAUGUGUAGAGAUAGAGAUAAAUAUUUAUUAAAUUA